AUGAAACGUGGCCCCCUUAUCUAUAUGGACCAAACCCCACCAAGCUACAAAACAAGCCCUAAAUAAACUAUAUAUAUGCGCCCAAAUUAAAAUCACCUAAAAUAAUUUCUCAAGCUCUAUUGGAUAUGGCGGAAGAGGACCAAACUACCAAAACGACGCCGCUCUUCGCCGCUUUCGCCGGCGGUGCCGCCACUGAUAGUGGCAACAACGCUACGGCGAAAUGGCUGCAGAACUCCAGCUUCAACACCGACCUCUCCGUCAUAAACGACGCCGUUGCCAAAUACAACCUCACCUACGAUGAGGAACCGGAGGAAGAAGAAGACGCAGCGGAAGAAAUUAAUGCCAGGAAACGGCCGCCGCAGUACGAGAUGGUGCCGUCAGAUGCUAGCGCUUCUUCGGAUGAAGACCUUAGGAGGAAGAGUAAAAAGAAGAAGAAAAGGAGAAAGGAGGAGUCGAGCGCUUCGCGUGCAUCGUUUAGCUAUGCCGCAACACUAUCCUCUACUUCGAGGAAACCAGGUGUUGAGAAAUGGGCGUCUUCUCCUACUGCUAAUGAGAAAGAGUACUACUUUGAUUCCCGUGGAGAUCGCGAUAAUUUAGCCUUUGGUAGCAUCUACAGAAUGGAUGUUGCUCGUUAUAAGCUUUACAAUUCUAAGAAAGUAUCUGGACAGAACUUUUUCCAGCGGAAUAAAAGAGCUUGUCGUUUGGAGGGGGAUAAUGAUGUUGAUGCGUUAGAUAGCAAACUCAGGUCAGGGGGGCGCUAUUGGUCGGUAAAAUAUGCUGCUAUCGAGCGUCAUAAGGACUUGAAACGAAUGCGAGUUCUUGCUCCUAGAAACCAUGUCAAGAGCUCGGUUGCUGAUUAUAUCCCCUUAGUUGAUGAAGGUUCUGAUAGUGGACGGGUAUCUAGUGCUGAAGUAGUUGAAGAGUCCUGGGAAGAUGAGGUCUCGCGGAAAACAAAGGAGUUCAAUAAGAUGACAAGGGAACAUCCUCAGGACGAGAGUCUGUGGUUGGCCUUUGCGGAGUUUCAAGACAAGGUGGCGAGUAAACAGUCUCAUAAAGGUGCUCGCCUACAGAUCCUUGAGAAGAAAAUCAGUAUUCUGGAGAAAGCAACUGAGAUUAAUCCAGAGAGUGAAGAUUUACUUAUUUCUCUUAUGAAAGCUUAUCAGAGCAGAGAUAGCACCGAUACGCUGAUUAGGAGAUGGGAGAAGAUACUUACAUCCAAUUCUGGAAGUUGCAAGCUGUGGAAAGAAUUUUUGCGGGUUCUCCGGGGUGAAUUUUCCAGAUUCAAGGUUUCUGAGAUAAGGAAAAUGUAUGCAAAUGCUAUCCAAGCCUUGGCUGGUGCUUGCAUAAAGCAGCAUAGGCAGGCUCAUCCAUCCGACAAUGCAACAUCAAUUGAUCCGACUAUUGUUCAACUGGAGCUUGGUUUGGUCGAUGUUUUCAUUGGUCUUUGCCGCUUCGAGUGGCAGGCAGGUUACCAAGAAUUGGCAACUGCUUUAUUUCAGGCAGAGCUUGAGUAUAGUUUGUUUUCUCCAUUUGUUCUCUCGGAACAAAGUAAGCAAAGACUGUUUCAGCACUUUUGGAGUGGUAAUGGUGCCAGAAUCGGGGAAGAUGGAGCCCUUGGAUGGUUAACUUGGAUAGAGAAGGAGGAAGAACAGAGACAGAGGCUUAUCUCUGAGGAGGCCUCAGAUGCAGUUGAGGAAGGUGGUUGGACAGGUUGGUUUGACCCAUCAUCCGAGACUAAGGAAAUUGAAAUGCCAGGAAUUACUAAUGAGGGACAGGUGGUUGAAGAGGAAUUAAAUGAUGAACUGGACUCGAGUGAUGUUGAGCAGAAGGAUGAUGUUGAAUCUCUGCUUAAAGCACUUGGCAUUGAUGCUGCUGCUGAAGCUGAUAUAAAGAUCAAAGAUACAGAAACAUGGACUAAGUGGUCAAAGGCAGAAAUCACAAGAGAUUUCGAUCAUUGGAUGCCUCUUCGUGCUAAUUCUGAUCAGGUUUCUCAUGAUGAUGCCACUGCUGAAGCUGAAGAUGAUGAACAAAUUUUGAGCAUAAUAUUGUAUGAAGAUGUGAGCGAUUACCUGUUCUCACUCAAGUCUGAGGAAGCCCGAUUUUCUCUUGUCUCCCAGUUUAUAGAUUUCUUCGAAGGAAGGAUAGCUCAGUGGACUUGCACAAACAGUUCAAGUUGGAUUGCAAAGACACUUAGUUUAGAAAGUCCUCCCUGUUCUCUUCUAGAGGAUUUGGGAAAAGUGCACGAUGUUCUGGUGAGGAAGUCAACCAAUCUAAGAAGUUUUAGCUUGGAGCUACUUUUAAAAAGUUCAGAUGACUCGAAUAUGAGGACUAAUAUGAUGAAAUUUCUCCGAAAUGCUAUCUUACUUUGUUUGAAAGUGUUUCCAAAAAACUACAUCUUGGAGGAAGCUGCUCUUGUUGCUGAGGAGUUAUCAAACACAAGGAUGAAUUCAACAAGUUAUUCUGUGACACCAUGUCGAGCUCUGGCCAAGACUUUACUGAAAAAUAAUAGGCAGGAUGUUUUGCUAUGUGGAGUUUAUGCUAAAAGAGAAGCGUUCUAUGGGAAUAUUGAUCAUUCCAGGAAGGUUUUUGACAUGGCUCUAUCAUCUGUUGAGGGGCUUCCACUGGAUGUUCGGUCAAAUGCAUCUCUGUUGUACUUCUGGUAUGCAGAAGUUGAGCUUGCAAAUGAUUCUUCAGAAAGUUCUGACUCCUCAUGCCGUGCAAUACAUAUCUUAUCUUGCUUAGGCAGUGGAACAAGAUAUACUCCAUUUAAAGGACAAUUGUCAAGUGUCCAACAACUUAGAGCCCGCCAGGGGUUCAAAGAUCGUAUAAGAAUGUUGAGUUCAACAUGGGCACAUGGUGUCAUAGAUGAUCAUUCUGCUGCUUUUAUCAGUUCAGCAGCUUUAUUUGAAGAGCUGACGUCUGGAUGGGCCUGUGCUUUAGAAAUUCUGGAAAAGUCUUUUACAAUGGUGCUUCCAGAGAGGAGGAGAAAUAGCCGACAGCUUGAAUUCUUGUUUACCUAUUACGUGAGGAUGCUUGACAGAAAUCACAUGGAACUUAAGCUUUCAGGAGUUUGGGAAUCUAUUGUGAAAGGGUUGCAGUUAUAUCCAUUUAACCCGCAUCUUCACUAUGCUUUAGUUGAAAUCAGCUAUCUCUACACUUCACCCAAUAAAUUGCGGUGGACUUUUGAUGAUCAUUGCCGAAAAAACCCAUCUGCCAUUACAUGGCUUUACGCGUUGGCAUUUGAGAUGAGUACUGGAGGCUCCCAGCACAGAAUACGCGGACUUUUUGAAAGGGCGUUGGAGGAUGACAAAUUGCACAAUUCAGUGAUUCUCUGGCGCUGUUUCAUUGAAUACGAGAGGAGUGUAGCAUGCAAUAAUUCUGGAGCUAAAAGAGUGUUCUUUCGUGCAACACAUGCAUGCCCCUGGUCGAAAAAGCUGUGGCUUGAUGGUUUUCUCAAACUGAAUUCAGUAUUGUCUGUGAAAGAGCUGUCGGACCUCCAAGAAGUCAUGCGAGAAAAGGAACUCAAUCUCAGGACUGAUAUAUAUGAGAUUUUAUUGCAAGAUGAUGAGAUGGAUGCUUAGCCUUGUUUAACUCACGUUGCCUGCUGCUCACUCAUACACCACCGUGUUAUCAAGCUCUCGUUGUCUGCUGCUGUUUCAUUGUCAUGGACCACUCACACACUGCGCGUUAGAAGCUCCAGGUACAAGGUUGUAUCAGAGAUGGGAAAUUUAGGAGAAGCUUGUGAAUGGGAAUUAUCAGAAAUAUAGUAGGAUGUUCGCUGGUGGAGCUCUUUUUUCCAUGUUUUUGCUGUGAAAAAUUGAUCAAUAGAAGGUAUGGUUACUACUCACUCAUAAAAGAAAAGGGAUGGCUACUGAAAUCACGAAUUCAUGUUUGUAGGUAAUGCUGAGUUUGUUAAUAGGAUUUGAUACUUUUUGUUGUUUGUGAAUAAUCUCGCAAGAAUACAAUUAGACCACUGAAUUGUAUGGAUUUUCAAAUGCUGCUAAGUUCCAAAUUUUGAGCAUUUGAGUGAUUUCUCCAUAUUUACUUCUGAAUUCUUAAA